CGAUUUUAUUAAUGGUGCUCAUUUGAUUGCAAGUGCCAGUUUUAUUACACAAUUUUUCACGCUAAUGAACAGACUAAUUUUAGUUAUUUUGUCCGAUGUUUGUGCAAAGAGAGAAUUCAAAUAUCUGCAGUAAAUCUACGGAAAUUUUCCCCCGACUUCCUCUACUUGGUAAAUUCCCCAAUCGCAUCAAAUUCACGCUUAAAUUUGUUAUUGUCGCCGCAAACAACAAUUGUCAAGGUGACAAUUUGCCAGUCAGAAUCGUCUUUUGUGUCAUUGUGUAUAAAAGAAAAAAGCGGAUUUGAAUUUUGCAGAGUGCAGAAUGCUCCAUUUGUUCAUAUUUGUUGGUUUAGUGGUGGCGGGUGGAACGGCACCUGCUGCCCGACAUUACACGGCUAUUUUGGCCCAUGAUGCUCCAGUAAUUCCGGUGGUUAAAGCUGUUCCGGUUGUGUAUGCGACACCUGUGCUGUAUGCUACUCCGGUCGUACAUGCUCCGUUAACACACUCUGUAUAUGACGAGUAUCGAUGAAAACUGGGAUUAUUAAAGAACUGUGUUAGGACAUAAUGAGAAAAAUUUAAUUUUAAGGUAGUUUUCUGAAUGUUAUGCUUUUCAAGGAACUGAAAUUGUACAAGAUAUCUACUUAUAAUCUCAUUUUUAGAGCGUUUGUCUCUUUUGUAAUAAGUAAUGACUAAUAAAAUGU